AUGUGUGGGGGACCCAACAUCAUCAAGUUGCUCGACGUGGUGCGGGACCCAGACUCCCUCACCCCAUGCCUCAUCUUCGAGCACGUAGAGAACGCGGACGCCAAGGUGCUGUACCCCACACUGUCGGACAGGGACAUACGGCAUUACACAUUCGAGCUGCUCAGAGCGCUGGAUUACGCGCACUCCAACGGCAUCAUGCACAGAGAUGUGAAGCCCCUGAACGUUGCGAUCGACCCCGCGACCAAGAGCCUGCGGCUGCUAGACUGGGGCCUCGCAGACUUCUACCAUCCAGACCAGCGGUACAGCUCCCGGGUGGCCUCGCGCUACUACAAGGGCCCCGAGCUCUUGGUAGGAAUGACUCGAUACGACUAUUCCUUGGACGUGUGGAGCCUUGGGUGCAUGCUGGCGGGCAUGGUAUUCCGCAGGCAUCCCUUCUUCAAGGGGGCAGACAAUUACGACCAGCUCGAUCGCAUCGCGCGCGUCCUUGGGACCGAGAAGCUGGUAGAGUACGUGGAGAGGUACCAGCAGGAGCUGGACCCCGACGUCCAGGCGGCGCUUGGCGAGCACCCUGGCCAGGCCUGGUCGGAGUUCGUCACGCCCGAGAACCAGCACCUCGUCUCUGACGAGGCCAUCGACCUGAUCGACCGAAUGCUCGUAUACGACCACGCCUCCCGCAUAUUGCCAAGCGAGGCGAUGAAGCACCCGUAUUUCGAGUCGCCAGGGAGACCAGGCCACGGAUAG